GAAGUGAGUGAGAGGGCGCGAGAAAGGGGAAGGGGAGGUGAGGGAGGCAUCUCAGCGUUGAUGUCCGGAGCUUCCAGUGGCCACUUGCCUUCCAGCCGGGGGCUCUACAUGAUUUGUCAAGAUGACGGAAGGGACCAAGAAGGCCAGCAGAAAGUUCAAGUUCUUCAAGUUCAAGGGCUUUGGGAGUCUCUCCAACCUUCCUCGGUCCUUCACUCUGAGGCGAUCCCCGGCCCCCAUCAGUAUCCAGCCUCAUCUGAAGCCUGACACCUUUGACGCCACACAGGAUGACAUGGUGACAGUCCCCAAGAGCCCCCCAGCCUAUGCCCGCUCCAGUGACAUGUACAGCCACAUGGGCACCAUGCCUCGCCCCAGCAUCAAGAAAACUCGGGACCAACAGGCCACCCAGGAGGCCAAGGAGGUUGGCCCUGAGGCCCACCUGGUGCCCCAAAGUCUGCCUGACCCCCCAGGCUUGGAAGCAGCCGAGAAGGUGGUGGUGGGGACUGAUGCCCCAGGGGAGGACAUCCCAGCAGUGAGACCCAACUCUUCAGAAGUGGAGGUGGGCCCCGAGAGAAAACCUGAGGACCCCAGGGCAGACAUAGAAGAGCAGAAAGCCUUCAGUAAUGAGCUCUCAGAAAGAGGGAGGAGUACGCGGUGGAGCGCUGCCGGGGGAGGGCGGAGGGCGUGCCUGGGGCGUGGCCUACAGGCCAGGCUCCUCCUCCGGAAUCGGCUCGGAGCUCUGCUUCUCCGUUGCCUGAGAAAACUGGGAGCAGUCGAGCUGAGGAGGUCCCCAGGCUGCAGGCGGCGACGACAGGGAACCAUGACUGCAGUGGGCCGAAGAUGCCCCGCACUGGGACCCAGAGGGGCCACUGGAGAGCCAGAGGCUGGUGGGGACUACGUGAAGUUCUCCAAAGAGAAGUACAUUCUGGACUCAUCGCCUGAGAAAUUGCACAAGGAAUUGGAGGAAGAGCUCAAACUCAGCAGCACAGAUCUCCGCAGCCAUGCCUGGUACCAUGGCCGCAUCCCCCGUGAGGUCUCAGAGACCCUGGUGCAGCGCAAUGGUGACUUCCUCAUCCGGGACUCGCUCACCAGCCUGGGUGACUACGUGCUCACAUGCCGCUGGCGCAACCAGGCCUUGCACUUCAAGAUCAACAAGGUGGUGGUGAAGGCGGGUGAGAGCUACACCCACAUCCAGUACCUGUUCGAGCAGGAGAGCUUUGACCACGUACCUGCCCUUGUGCGGUAUCAUGUGGGCAGCCGCAAGGCUGUGUCGGAGCAGAGUGGCGCCAUCAUCUACUGCCCAGUCAACCGCACCUUCCCGCUACGCUACCUGGAGGCCUGCUAUGGCCUGGGCCAGGGCGGUAGCAAGGCUGCCAGCCCUGCCAGCCCCUCGGGCCCCAAAGGCAGCCACAUGAAACGGCGCAGCGUCACCAUGACCGACGGGCUCACCGCUGAUAAGGUCACCCGCAGCGAUGGCUGCCCCACCAGCACAUCACUGCCCCACCCCCGGGAAUCCAUCCGCAACUGUGCACUCAGCAUGGACCAGAUCCCAGACCUGCACUCGCCCAUGUCCCCCAUCUCCGAGAACCCCAGCUCUCCUGCCUAUAGUACCGUGACCCGUGUCCACGCCGCCCCUGCAGCCGCCUCGGCCACAGCACUGCCUGCCUCCCCUGUCAUCCGCCGCUCCAGUGAACCCCAGCUGUGUCCCGGAAGUGCCACAAAGCCCCUUGGGGAGUCGGACAAGGGUCCUUACACCAGCCCCUCCCACACCCUCUGCAAAGCCUCCCCAUCACCGUCACUCAGCAGCUACAGCGACCCGGACUCUGGCCAUUACUGUCAGCUCCAGCCUCCUGUCCGUGGCAGCCGCGAGUGGGCAGCAGCUGAGACCUCCAGCCGGCAGGCCAGGAGCUAUGGGGAGAAGCUAAAAGAACUGUCAGAAAAUGGGGCCCCCGAGGGGGACUGGGGAAGGACCUUCACAGUCCCAAUUGUGGAAGCCACUUCUUCCUUCAACCCAUCUACCUUCCAGUCACUUCUGAUCCCCAAGGAUAACCGGCCACUGGAGGUGGGCCUCCUGCGUAAGGUCAAGGAGCUGCUGGCAGAGGUUGAUGCACGGACACUGGCCCGGCAUGUCACCAAGGUUGACUGCCUGGUUGCUAGGAUACUGGGCGUUACCAAGGAGAUGCAGACCCUAAUGGGAGUCCGCUGGGGCAUGGAGCUGCUCACUCUCCCCCAUGGCCGGCAGCUACGACUAGACCUGCUGGAAAGGUUCCACACCAUGUCCAUCAUGUUGGCCGUGGACAUCCUGGGCUGCACGGGCUCUGCUGAGGAGCGGGCAGCGCUUCUGCACAAGACCAUCCAGCUGGCGGCCGAGCUUCGGGGGACCAUGGGCAACAUGUUCAGCUUCGCUGCAGUCAUGGGCGCCCUGGAUAUGGUCCAGAUUGCCCGUCUGGAGCAGACAUGGGUGACCCUGCGGCAGCGACACACGGAGGGUGCCAUCCUCUACGAGAAGAAGCUCAAGCCAUUUCUCAAGAGCCUCAAUGAGGGCAAAGAAGGCCCGCCGCUGAGCAACACCACGUUUCCUCAUGUCCUGCCUCUCAUCACUCUGCUGGAGUGUGACUCAGCCCCGGCUGAGGGCCCCGAGCCCUGGGGCAGCACAGAGCACGGUGUGGAGGUGGUGCUGGCCCACCUGGAGGCUGCCCGCACGGUGGCACACCACGGUGGCCUGUAUCACACCAACGCGGAGGUCAAGCUGCAGGGGUUCCAGGCCCGGCCGGAGCUCCUCGAGGUGUUCAGCACUGAGUUCCAGAUGCGUCUACUGUGGGGCAGUCAGGGAGCCAGCAGCAGCCAGGCCUGGCGCUAUGAGAAGUUCGAGAAGGUCCUCACCGCCCUGUCCCACAAACUGGAGCCUGCCGUGCGCUCCAGCGAGCUGUGACCCCCCUGGACCCUUCCCUUCUGCAGCUGCAGGCAGCAACGGGACAGAAGGGCACAGACCUUUCCCCAGAGCACCCCAGGGACACUGUGAUCAGCCCAAGAAUGUUCUGGGUUCAACUCCAGAAUCUCCCUUGCACCUCCAGGAUCCUCCGUGGACCCUGGGCUCCAUCCCACCUGCCACACGCUCACCCAGUUUCCCUUCAGGAAGAACUGGAACCUCUGUUUCUCCCUCCAGCUCCUGCUUCUCCCCUUCUUGCUGGGGGGCCCUGCGUUUGAGCCGCAGGAGGCUUCCCACACCUCCUCACUCUUCUCCAGGCAUCUGCCCCCCACUGACACCGAGGCCUCCCUCUGGCUGUAAAUACAUCUAUCUGUUCUGUAAAUAGAUGUACAGAAGCCAUGUUCUUUCUUUCAUAUAAAAAACUUUUAUGACUCUUU